UGCAGGGCCCCAGCUCCUUCUCCUGAGAGGUAGUUUUGGGCACCAGAGCCAUCCUUUGGGAUGCAGGAGAGAACCUGUAGUGAGGAUCUGAAGAGGCUUUCAGAGAUGAUAGCAUAAACUUGUAUGAUGUUUGCCACUGGUUACUGGGGGAAGAGAGGAAAGGAAUUUGGGGAGGAGGUGGAGGAAACAAGCCUGCACCUUGUAAGUGGCACAUUGGGCAAGAAGUACUUUGGACCGCAGUGUGUAAAAUGGCAGAGAAGGUGGAGGCGGCUGGCUCCCCUGCUGUGAAAAGGUGGGGUGCCUUUCCUUCCCAUUGUUCUACCCACACACGUGCACACGCCUUCCCCCCAUUGUGAGCUCUGCCUUUGGGUUAGGAAAACCAGAGAGGCAUUCGAUCCUAGCACCCACUCGCUUGGCUGCAGGUAAAGGUCAAAGACCACCUGAGCCCAUGGGUAUUAUGCAAGGGGCCAUUGUGAAGGGGCCCCAGACUGCAGCAUGCAUCAGUCCGCCUCCCUGCUCCCCCUCCAACUCUGGCUUUGUUCCUCAGGGGAUUGCGAAAGCCCCAGGACUACAUAAAGCAUUCUCUGUCUGGGUGGCCUGGCCACUGCCCCCAACACACAGAUCUUGAGAGGCUGCAGGGACUGGCACUGACUGUAAGGGACCCUGCUGCAGUGGGCUGGGGGGAACUGGGCAUCUUGCCUGCAUCAGGGAAAACUGCACAAUGCCCUGGGGACGUGUCAGGGCAACCCUCCUCCCUUCCCCAGGUGUCUGAUGGAGCCCAUUUCUGAUGCUGUUCUUUGUCUCUUGCUGUUGCUGCAGGGAUAGGAUGGCCUACACCAGGAAAGCUCUGCCCUGUUUGCUGCUGCUGGCACUCACCUUUCUGGGCAGCAGCAUGGCAGAGCGGGACUGCCGGGUGAGCAGCUUCAAAGUCAAGGAGAACUUCGACAAGAACAGGUACAGCGGCACCUGGUAUGCCAUGGCAAAAAAAGAUCCUGAGGGGCUGUUCCUGCAGGACAACGUGGUAGCCCAGUUUACUGUAGAUGAAAAUGGACAGAUGAGUGCCACUGCAAAGGGCAGAGUCAGACUCUUCAAUAACUGGGAUGUCUGUGCUGAUAUGAUUGGCUCUUUCACUGACACUGAGGAUCCUGCCAAGUUCAAGAUGAAGUACUGGGGAGUUGCCUCUUUUCUGCAGAAAGGAAAUGAUGAUCACUGGGUAGUGGACACAGAUUAUGAUACAUACGCUCUUCAUUAUUCCUGCCGCCAGCUAAAUGAAGAUGGCACUUGUGCUGAUAGCUAUUCCUUUGUGUUCUCCCGGGACCCCAAGGGAUUGCCUCCAGAGGCACAGAAAAUUGUCAGACAAAGGCAGAUAGACCUCUGCUUGGACAGAAAAUACAGAGUUAUCGUUCAUAAUGGAUUUUGCUCUUAAGGAGAUCCAAAAAUAUGGAAGUAAACCACGUGACAGCACCAUGGAUGUAAAGUUAAUACGUUGAUCAGGUGCUCUUUUGAAAAGCCUUUAGAUGGCUUCAUUUAGAUUUUGAAUAUAUUUAUCUGAGCUGCAUAGCUCAUCCUGUUAAUAAACCAAUGAAACAUUUUAAUAAACUUGAAUUACGGGGGAUGCAAAUUGUCUGUAUGCACAUCUGUACAUAUGUAGACAUUGGUUUUAUUAAUAAACCAUUAUCAUAAUGCACUAUUUUAAAUUGCUGACAGAUGUCAAUAAUUAAGAAUUUAAUCUUUUUUGUUAUCGGUUUCAAUUUCUGACUAAUAGUGUUUUAAUUGGAAUAUAUAUAUGUGUGUGUAUUUGCUUUCUAAAACUUACUUUCUUUUCAAGUAUGAUGUCAUCUUUUUUUCUAGGAAAUACUGGAAAUCUUUUCCAAUAGC